AUGGAACGAGACAGACAAUCUCCUCCGAUCACGGGAUUUCAUUCUAAUGGCAGUCAAACAACUGCCGAAUCACCCGUGGUUGGUGAUCCAAGUCUAAACCCGAGCGGGCUAGACGUAACAUUAGACCAUCAACCAAGAUUACAUCCCUUGUCCAGUCAAGGACGAUAUCAAGAUCAAGAUCGAUAUCAGGACCAAGAUCAAGAUAAUGAUCAAGACCAAGUUCACCUCACUCGGCCAAGCUUCGGUUCUAGGAGAUCCUCGACUUACAGCAUCAUGCAGAUCGACGAGAUAAUUUCGGAUGACCGUAUUAAUAUGGAGACAUAUGGCGUCCAAGAGCUUCGCGAUGGCUUCUUCGAUGCUCUAUUCUUGACGCCAAAACCAUUAGACCCCGACUUGGUUGCUGAAAUCGCCAAGGCGACCCUGCCAAAGGCAUUCGACAAAAGCCAUCCCUUGUCUGCAAAGCAUUUUCUACCAAGGCAGCUUCAUGAGCUAAUAUCAGUCGCACACAGAGUUGCAACCACAAGAGCUGGCAUUGAACUUAUAAAGUCGUUUCUCGCCUUCUUUAUUGUGUAUACACUCUGUCUUGUUCAGCCAGUCCAUAACUGGCUCGGUCGAUAUGACUACAUCAUGGCCGUGUCUGUCAUUAUCAACCAUCCAGGCCGUAGCUUUGGUUCGCAACUGGAUGGCGCGGUAUUGACGAUUAUUGGCACUGCUGUUGGCCUAGGCUGGGGCGCUGUUGGUCUCUUGCUAUCCGUAUCAACUAGUGAUGCUCGUGAGGGUUAUGGAUGGAUCCUGGCGGCCUUUUCUAUCGUCCUCUUUGCUAGCAUCGCAUUCCUGCGCGCGUUUCUUAUUCGUCUCUAUCAACCUACUCUCUGCGCAGGCAUAGCCCUCACUUUUACAACAUUAGCCGAGACACAAAGUGGUGAAAUCAAAUGGCAGAAACUUUGGAGCUAUGCAAUCCCUUGGGCCUUGGGACAAGCUGUUGCUUUGGCUGUUAAUUGCCUCGUUUUCCCUGACGCCGGUAACCAUUCUUUGGCAAUUGCUCUCGAUAAGUCGUUCAAAACCAUGCAAGAAUCCCUCGUCAUCCCUCGCCCAAAGGAUAUAAGAGCAAAGAGACGCCUAGCAAAAGCGUUUAUGGAGGUAUCUCUCGCAUACCGAGACAUGCGGAUUGACCUCACUAUCACCCGUUUCCGCCCAAUGGAUGUCCGGGAAUUGCGCAAUGCGGUACAAGGUGUGGUUCGAGCCCUUCUCUCCAUGAGAACAGACACGGAUCUCUUUGAGGAGUUGGAUAGCCCUGUUGGUAUCACUGUUGCAGACGGUUUGGGGGAUGAAAUACCUUACGAGGACUCCGGACGCAAAAUAGCACAGGCUCUCUCAAGUCCUACCAAGGAAGUCAUGGCUUGUAUGGCGGAGGCUGUAAGCAGAUGCCAUGCUGCGCUGAUGGACUUGACUGGCUGGCGCAAAGAAAUCGGCCCUUCUGCAGAUAUCUCCUCAGACAUUGUCCCUAUUCAACUUCGUAUGAAAGAAGCCCUUGAAGCCUUUGACGCUGCAGAAGCACGACUCUUGGCAUCCAAUGACAGGCCAGAUACGUAUGAAGAACAUGGCCAGGCUGUAGAGCUUUUUGUCUUUGCAAGACACGCUCGUGAGACAGCAGCAACUGUCGUUCAACUCAUGACUCAUGUUCAUGAUAUGCGGUCUCACUCCAACCAUACACGCAUCAAUCUCCCAACUUACCCCCCUGCCAAAGCCUUGUACAGAACGAACGCCCAGGUAAGGCACGACCGAGGCGGUGUUACGGCUGGCAAGAAGAAGCUACGUUAUAGAGUGUGGCUAGUCCUUCGCCGUUUACAGGACAUCGAAAGCAAAUACGCAUUGAAGGUUGCCCUCCUAAUUUUAGUUCUUGCUCUUCCUGGUUGGCUGGGCACUGAGACGGGGUGGUGGAACGCCCACGAGGCGUGGUGGGCUGCUUGUUUAGGCUGGAUCACGAUGCAUCCGCGUGUGGGUGGCAAUGUUCAGGACUUCUUCACUCGUGCUUCUAUAGCUAUCCUUGGCGCUGUAUGGAGUGGUGCAGCUCACGCCGCUAGUCGUGGGAACCCAUAUGUAUUGGCUGUGUUUUCUGCUAUCUACAUGAUUCCUAUGAUGUAUCGCUUUACACAGAGCAAGCACCCGCGAUCCGGUCUUAUCGGCUGCCUUUCAUUCACCGUCAUAUCUCUCAGUUUACGAAACCAUUCGGCCGACGCAUCUGUAACAUUAUUAGGAGUCCACAAGGGCGUCGCCUUCUUAGUCGGAACAAUAGCACCCAUCAUAGUGAACUGGAUACUUUGGCCCUUUGUUGCCAGACACGAACUCCGAGGGGCACUGUCUUCAAUGAUAUAUUACAUGAGUAUAAUGUACAGAAAUGUCGUCGCAAACUACGUCUACUUUGACGAAGGAAAGGAUCCAACUCCUGAAGAUAUAAGGAGGUCGGAGAUGCUUGAAAGUCGAAUGCGCGAGGGUUUCGUUAGAAUCCGACAGCUCCUCGUCAUGACACGCCACGAAAUUCGUCUUCGUGGUCCCUUUGAUCCUGUUCCUUACUCAUGUCUUGCCGCUUCCUGUGAGCGCUUUUUUGAGUAUCUCAUCGCCGUCCGGCAGUCUGCUCUCUUCUACAACCCAAACUACAUCCGCGAUAACCCCGUUGCUGCUGAGAUGCUUUUCACGUACCGGCGAGAUGCAGUGGCUGCCAUUCUCAGCAAUUUAUACACACUCUCUGGUGCUCUGAAGCAUCAAAAGAAAGUUCCUCGCUACCUUCCGAGUGCCGCUGCAGCAAGAAAGAAACUCCUCCACAGGACUGUCGAGGUCGCCAAAGAGAUGGAAGAGAAGGCGGAAUACCGGGAACUCGAGAGGCAAAAGACAUGGAGUGACAUAUACAGCUACUCAUACAAUGAGAGUCUUACAGGCUGCGUUGCCCAAUUGGAAGAACUGGAACAGUUUACAAAACUUAUAAUGGGAGAGAAACGGUAA